AGAGCUGCGCAAAUAUUUGGGGACUCUAUUUACAUUUCACAAUAUGCGUACGUGAGUCGAUGUGUGAUUGCCUUGUUUUUUUGGUGUUUUCCGAUGUAUAUGGUGCAGUUAUAUAUGUGAAUCAGUGUUAGUUUCAUUUCUUAGUUCAAUUGGAUGUCUCCUGCAAGAAGAAUUGCAGUAAUCGGUGCAGGGGCGGCAGGCUUGUGUGCAGCCCGAAACAUCUUGUCCAAACCUCACUUUACACCAGUGGUUUAUGAAGGUACAAACCAUGUUGGAGGUACCUGGUUUUUCACAGAACAAACAGGGAAGGAUGAAUAUGGAAUUCCCAUUCAUUCAUCUAUGUAUAAAAAUUUAAGGACCAAUCUACCCAAGCAAGUCAUGGCAUUUCCUGAUUUUCCAUUCAAUAAAUCCCUUCCAUCAUUUAUAAAGCACACAGAUGUUUUAAACUACCUUGAAAGUUAUUGUGAUGAAUAUAAACUAAGGAACCAUAUUGAGUUUAGCACACUUGUGGAAAAAGUGGAGCCAUUAGAACCAGAUAAUCGAUUCACUAAAUGGGAAGUUACCACAUACCAUGUCUCUACAAAGCAAACCAGUCGCAAUAUAUUUGAUGGAGUAAUGGUUUGUAAUGGACACUUCUCCGUCCCACGUGUUCCUGACAUUGAAGGAAUGUCCGAUUUCCAGGGUAGAUUAUUACACAGCCACGAAUACCGGUCACCACAGGACUUUGAAAACCGAACCGUUGUUAUUCUUGGAGCUAAAUCAUCUGGUACCGACAUAGCGCUUGAUUUGGCACCUCAUUCAACAAAGGUUGUUAUGAGUCAUAAAGGAUCACAGUUUAAGUCUGAAUUGCCAUCGAAUGUGGAAGAGAGACCAGUACCUUUAAGAUUCACACAAACCGGCGUUGACUUUGUUGACGGCACCCACAUAGAAUGUGAUGUAUUCAUGUUUUGUACUGGAUAUAAAUACACAUUCCCAUUCCUUGGAAACCUUGUAUCAGUUGAUAAUAACAGGAUAACCCCUCUUUAUAAACACUUGAUCAACAUUAAGUAUCCAACACUAUCAUUGAUUGGUGUGUGUUGCAUAAUCUGUCCAUUCCCACAGUUUCAUUGCCAGGUGAAUUAUGCCAUUUCUCUAAUGGAUGGUUCCGCAAAGCUGCUAAGUGAGGAAGAAAUGCUGGAAGAUGAAAAACAAGAUUUCCAAGCUCGCAUUGAAAGUGGUUUACCACCAAGGCAUGCACACUUAAUGGGACAUCGCCAAUGGGAUUAUAACAAUGAUCUUGCCGAUCUAGGCGGGAAUGAACGGAUUACGGACAAUGUGAGACUAUUGUACGAUUUGUGCCAUCGAAGACGAACAUUUAAUUUAAUGCUUUAUAAAAAUGAUGAAUAUGAUCUUUCAGGUGCUGGCAAUUUUUAUAAAGUUGAUUAGUUGUAAUCAAGGUGCAAUAAAUAGGCGAUUUUUACUCUUCAAUAUCUGUAAUUUUAAUUUUUUUAUACUUAUAUUCAUGAUUUUAAUGGAAUAAAUGUAAAUUGCUGGAAAUAACUGUGAUAAAUCCCAUGAGUUUUUGUAACCGAAUAAUGGUCAGGAUCAAGGGCUAUGAGAAUACUAAGCAUCAAAAUCAAGUCCCACGAGUUGUAUUGAUGACAUGGCCAGUGUCUUAUUUAAAAAGUUGUUAAAAAUAAAAGAAAAAGCUGCAUUUUUAUUAUUAACUGUAUUGCAUGUAUGUGGUGAAUAUAACCGAAUAUCAUAUGAUCAUUAACUUGAAAAGAACUGCUUAAUACUGAUUAGCUGCGCAAAGUUGAUGAUGGCACAAAAUAUAUGAAAAACUGUAACCAUAAGCAGGGGUGUAUCCAGGAAUUUACCAGGGGGUUAACUCUACUUUCAAACGUUUU